AUGGAAUUAAUGAAUAGGGAUUUGUCAAUGCUGACGAAGAAUUUAGCGGCGAAAUCGGCAUCUGUUUUUAAACAAGAUCCGAAGUUGGUAGCGGCUAUUGAUAAACUAUAUAGUAAAAACGAGGUGAAAAAUUUGAAUAGUAAAAUGUUGCUUCCUGACAGGAGAUUGAAUUUCUUAGAAGUUCAAGAAAUUUUGGAUCAUUCUUCAAAAGACAAAGAACAAGGUCCGAGUACCUUUCUCCAAGAGAAAAAUAACAUAAGAAAAUCAUUGAUUAAGAAUGUAGAAGACGUUCUUCGAAAAAUUAAUGAUUCUGCUGAAAAUGGCGACACCCCAAUGUUAGUAAUCAGGAAUCAGCGGUUGUGGAGCAAUUGCGUUUACGAUUUGGAUAGGGUAACGUUAAAGUCUUUUGUGGAUGCAAAGAAGACAACUCUAAGUUAUUCGAACCGCGAACAUAAGACGAGAUUCAAUGCGAUAGUUUUUGUCUUGACAAAGGUUCACGAACUGCUCUCCAAAAAUCUAUGUGUGACCAGAAGAGAACUCUUCUAUCAAAAUGUUACAAGAUUUCGGAACCAGUCUAACUUAGAUGAGGCGGUCAGAGAUGUAUGCUGCCUUUUACAAACACCUCCUUGGAAUCUAGGAAUAAUCGCGACAGCCAAAGGAUUAAUUGCUGGCUCAGUUAAAAUACACAUGAAAGAUGGUUCUUGUAUCGACUGCUUCGGUGCUGGAGGAACACUUAUACCGCAAGAUGUUGACGGCAUCAAAGAAUUUCGUUCAACUGCAAAAUAUAUUUUAGUCGUGGAAAAAGAUGCUGUCUUUCAAAAGUUGUUAGACGAAGGGGCAUUAGUGAGACUGGGACCGCUGAUAAUUCUGACCGGCAAAGGGUAUCCGGAUGUCUGCACUCGUCAGCUACUGUGUCGGCUCGUGAACGAAUUACGGCUGAGGGCGCUGGCGCUAGUCGACGCUGAUCCGCAUGGCUACGAGAUCUUUCUCACUUACAAAUAUGGCUCCUUGGCUCAAUCUCACCUUUCACAAUCGUUGGCUUGUAGUUCUCUGCAGUUAUUGGGAGCUAGGCAUGGUGACGUUAUGACCCUUGCAACCAAAGAGUCACGUCUGGCUCUUACAUCUCGCGACAAGAGGAAAAUAGUCAAUUUAGUUAAAAGGCCCUAUCUUAAUACGGCUACGGGUUCUAUCAUAAGAAAAGACCUGGAGGACAUGUUGAAGAGUGGAGUAAAAGCAGAGAUCGAAGCUUUGUCCCCUACAGCCGCGGCUCUCUGCGAUUCUUAUCUACCCUCCAAAAUUAUUCAAGCCGAUUACUUGGGAUAG